AUGGCUGCCACUCCUGUUUCCACACCCCAGCUCACGAAUAGCAAGCCGGAGGGCAUCAACCUCUAUGCUCGCUUUGCCCUUGCCGGUGCACUGGGCUGCUCCGUCACCCAUGGUGCCUUUACUCCGGUCGACGUUGUUAAGACAAGGAUCCAGCUCGACCCUCUCACCUACAACCGUGGUAUGAUUGGUAGUUUCCGACAGGUCAUCCGUAAUGAAGGCAUCAGCGUUCUUGCAACGGGCUUCGGGCCGACCUUUGCAGGAUAUUUCAUGCAAGGCGCCUUCAAAUUCGGCGGUUAUGAAUUCUUCCAGCAGAAAUCUAUCGAUGUUCUCGGUGCGGAAAAGGCCAAGCAGAAUAACACUGCUGUUUACGUUGUUUCAGCUGGUUGCGCUGAAUUCUUCGCCUCGGUUGCGCUGUGUCCCCUGGAAGCAACACGUAUUCGCCUUGUCUCGACACCCGGCUUUGCUAAUGGUCUGAUCGAUGGUUUCGGGAAGAUCGUGAAGAAUGAGGGUGUCGGCGCUCUUUACUCGGGCUUUGGUCCUAUCCUUUUCAAGCAGGUUCCUUACACAAUAACCAAGUUCGUCGCUUUCGAAAAGAUUUCAGAGGCCAUCCUGAGCCAAUUUGACAAGUCUCAAAUGUCAGCUGGUGCCUCGACCGCUGUGAAUUUGGGAUCUGGUCUGCUGAGCGGUUUCGCGGCUGCCAUCGUGUCUCAGCCCGCUGAUACCAUGUUGUCUAAGAUCAACAAGACGAAGGGUCUGCCUGGUGAGAGUACUGUCUCUCGGCUGAUCAAGAUUGCUGGUGAGCUGGGUCUGCGUGGAUCUUUUGCUGGUCUCCCGACGCGUCUGUUCAUGGUUGGUGGCCUCACUGCGGGCCAAUUCGCCAUAUAUGGCGAUAUCAAGAAGUUCCUAGGUGCUACAAAGUAG